AUGGGCGGUCUCUGGUCCAAUGGAUCUACAUGCAUUCCCCGGAUCUGCAAUCUCUCCAUUACCAAUGUAGAUUUGGAAGCCGCACUUCAGAAGUUUUGGGAGUUAGAAGCGAUUUCCACUGGGCCUGCACACUCACCCGAAGAAAAUCGUUGUAAAGAGUUGUACUCCAGUACAGUCAAGCGUGAUUCGACUGGAAGGUACGUCGUACGUCUUCCUCACAAUGAAGAUCCAGAAGUCUUCCUGGAGGCCUCCAGAGCUAUCGCAGAAUGCCGUUUUCACAGCCUGGAGUGCCGUUUGCAACGAGAUCCUGCAAUCAAGGAAUCGUAUCAUCGCUUCAUGGACGAGUACCUACAGCUCGGUCACAUGAGAAGGCUUGACGAGCCUGUAGAUGACGUGAAGGCUCACUGUUAUCUCCCACAUCAUCCCGUGUUCAAGGAGUCGAGCACCACGACGAAGGUUAGGGUGGUUUUCGGCGCGUCCUGCAAGACGGCGUCAGAAUAUUCGCUGAACGACACGCUGUUGGUCGGACCCGUAGUUCAGCAAGAUCUACUCUCCAUUGUGAUGAGAUUUCGGACACAUCACAUCGCUCUGGUUGCGGAUAUCGAGAAGAUGUACCGGCAACGCACGGGCCCUGAUGAACCCAUCACUACGUACGAACUGCAGACAGUAACGUACGGAACAGCGAGCGCUCCGUACCUAGCUACGCGUACUCUGCAGCAGAUUGCACAGGAUACCAAGCAGUUGUAUCCAAUCGCGAGUGGGCCAGUUACGGAAGACUUCUACGUCGACGAUUUUCUUUCUGGGGCGCCGGACGUAGAAUCCGCGAUCAAGCUGCGUCGCGAGGCAUCGGCAAUGCUAGCUUCCGCUGGAUUACCGCUUAAGAAAUGGGCAUCGAAUUCUCCUGAAGUUCUUGGGGAUGUACCACCUGAUGAUGUGGCAAUUCAGCCGUUCCACAAUCUUCAGGAUGACCAGGCCGUCUCCACGCUCGGCCUCAUUUGGGAACCAAAGCUGGACAUACUCCGGUUCAAGGUUCAGUUGCCGUUAGCCGCAUCCGUCAUGACGAAACGCAAGAUGAUGUCGUACAUCGCCCAAAUAUUCGACCCUCUCGGACUCGUGGAUCCAACGAUCACCAAGGCCAAACUCUUCAUGCAGCUACUUUGGGCUCUGAAGCAGGAUGGCGAAGCAUGUGAAUGGGACACGCCGCUCCCGUCAACACUCCAAGAUGAAUGGAAACUGUUCCAUAACACACUACACCUGUUAAGUGAAGUUCGCGUACCUCGCUACAUUUCGAUGCCCGACGCCGUCAGCAUCCAGCUUCACUUCUUCUGCGAUGCGUCUGAGCGCGCAUAUGGGACAUGCUGUUACGUCCGAACUGAAGCACACGGCACAGUUUCAGUUCAGUUGCUGGUGUCUAAAUCAAAGAUAGCACCGCUCUCUACUCGCCAUACAAUCGCCAAACUGGAACUCUGUGCCGCACAUUUGUCGACCCAGCUGUACAAGAAGCUAACGGCGAUGCUGAAGCUUUCUGCAACUGUUCAUUUCUGGACAGAUUCCACUACUGUUCUCCAAUGGCUUCGCGGGAACCCGAGUCGUUGGAAGACUUUCGUCGCAAACCGGGUCUCGCUCGAUACAGCUUUCAACCGAUCUCAACCGCUGGAACUGCGCCGAGUGACAGCGUUCAUUCAGCGUUAUCUGCACCUGCUUCGUGAACGAGUAUCGCAACGUCGUUCGGAAAAGGAGAAGUACAAGCCACUCGUCAUCCCGAGCAUUAACCCGCACCCAGUCCAUCCGCUUACCAUACAAGAACUCCAACACGCCGAACUUUCGCUCUGUCAUCUCGCGCAGGGUGAACUUUUCGCUGAGGAGAUUUCCGAUCUCGCUAGUGGCGAACGUGUCGCAAGAUCUUCCACGCUGAAGUGGUUGAACCCGUUCGUCGAUCCCGAAGGCACCGUACGUGUCGGUGGCCGGCUUCGCAAUGCCGCGCUGACCGAUGCGAAGAAACACCCGAUCGUCCUCUCUGCCAAGCAUCCGCUCGCUGUUCUGUUGGCUAGUUUUUAUCAUUUGAAGCUACUGCACGCAGGCCCUCAACUCCUGCUAGCCACUCUCCGCCAGAAGUUUUGGAUUCUGGGCGGCAGAAAUCUUGUGAAAUCCGUCUUUCACCAUUGCUACACUUGCUUCCGUAGCAAGCUCACACUAGUCCGACAGAGCACAGCAGAUCUUCCAGCAUCGAGAGUAUCUCCAACCCGACCGUUUUCCGUCUGCGGAGUCGACUAUUGCGGACCGUUCUAUUUGAAGUCCGCCGUCCGCAACCAUGGCCCAACGAAGGUGUACGUGGCCAUAUUCGUCUGCUUCUCUACGAAGGCAGUUCACAUCGAGGUAGUGAGCGUCCUGUCUACUCCAGCGUUCCUAGCUGCACUCCGUCGUCUGGUCGCCCGCAGAGGAAAGGUGGUAGAGUUGCACUCUGACAACGCUACCGCUUUCAAAGGUGCAUCGAAUGCACUGAACCGCAUCUACCGCAUGCUGAAGGUCGAUGAGUCUGAUCGGAAUCAGAUCUUCGACUGGUGCUCCGACAACGAAAUUCGCUGGAAAUUCAUCCCACCUCGAGCACCACACUUUGGCGGUCUUUGGGAGACUGCAGUGAAGUCAGCGAAGACACAGCUGUUGAAGGCAAUCGGCAACGUGAACGUUGCGUACGAGGACAUGCUCACACUGCUGGCGCAGAUAGAGAUGUGCCUCAAUUCUCGUCCGCUGACUCCAAUGCCGGACGAUCCGUCCGAUCUCGAGGUCCUUACGCCAGGACAUUUUCUCGUCGGGAGCAAUCUCCAAGCUGUUCCGGAAGCUGAUCUGAAGGAGAGUCCUGACAAUCGCUUGAACCAUUGGGAAUUGACUCAGAAACGGUUCCAAACCAUCUGGUCUCGCUGGUACCCGGAAUACCUGCAACAACUGCAGUCCCGUGCAACUAAGGGUUGCAACCCGCCUGUCUCCGUCGACGUUGGCAGAGUCAUCAUCGUGAAGGAAGACAACAUCCCGCCAACCAAUUGGCCUCUCGGCCAAAUCAUCAAAUGUCAUCCCGUAGCCGAUGGCAUCGUUCGUGUGGUCACUCUACGAACCGCUGCAGCCAAGGAGGUUGUGCGUUCUGUGGCCAGAAUCGCUUUACUACCGACACCACCAACUCAACGAGCCGACUGA